AUGGGCAAUCGUAGAAACAACAAUUAUCAGCACCACUUAAAGGGUACAAACCCCGGCAGAGGAAGUGAAGAAGGGAUUACGGUGAAGUACAUAUCAAAUCCGGUGAUGGUCAAAGCUAAUAACGCUUCUGAGUUCCGAGCAAUUGUUCAGGAACUCACAGGCCAAAACUCCGACAUUAGAAGUCCCGGCAAUGCCGGAACAGUGGCAACCAGUGAAGCUAUCCAGGUUCAUAAUCAUACAACUUCAAAGCCAGUCGUUGAAAAUGGUGUACACGAGUACUUGAACACCCUACCAUCCCUGAAGCUUAAAGAAGAUUUCUUUUGGGGAGAUGCUUCUGAGAGUUUUUCCAGCAUACAAUUUCCACCUCAGUAG